AUGAUUAAUUCCAUCCGCAAGUUCUUGAGUUUCUGGAGCGCCGCCGACGCGAGUGUCACCACAUCGUCCAACGACGCAUCAACCAAGGAUAUAGCGACCGAGAGCACAGCGUACCGCGCCGCCUGCAAUCACGCCACACCUCCUACACGGUACGCGAGCGGCGAGUUCAACACCACACCGUCUCCGCCACCCAAUGCUGCGCUAUCAGGAUACCUGUUCUCACAAGUGAAGAACACCAACACGUCUACAUCGAGAAUCAGCAACAUCCCGCCACCGCCAUUUCCCAUGUUUAGUGCGCCGACUGACAACGCGACCGACGACGCUUCUACCACAUCGGACGACAUCGAUAUGCCAGAUGCAACGCCGAUGUCACCUCUGACACCUCCAACAACACCUUCCCGUGAUGGUGAUGAUAUCCGCCGUUCGGUCGAGACACCAGUCCAAGAAAACGUUUACGGUGCAACCGCCGAAGUCGAUGACACUAGCGAGCCGCGCAACGACACGACACCACCUCCAUCUCCGGAACGCGACAGUGCUCGUUCUCAGCCACCGCGCCAACGCACGACAACUACAUCGGCGCCCGCGCCAAACUGGCUGGACGAGAUCGUCAUCGAAGAAGACAUCCCCGAGAACAACCUCCCAGUCGGCUACCUGGGUACACUCCGUGGAAGCCGGCACUUCAUCCCCGAGUACCCCGGUAUGAAACGAUGCAGCAACCAGGUCGCGCACCUCCUCCUCUGCGGCCACUGGAUCGAUAGCGCCGAGCCCUGUGGCGGCAACUGCAAGAAGCAAGACCACAGCCACAAGCAGUUCAAAUGCCCAACCUGCAACGACAUCGUCCGCAACAUCCUCACAGGAUCCUUCCGACUGGCCGACUCGCUUCGCCUCAGGGAGUUCAGGAAGCAGAAAGAUGUUAAAUUCCUGGCCUGCUGUGUCGAGCAGGUUGUUCGUGCUGCACCUGAACUCAAGACGGGUGUUACGGAGGCUGUGGCCAGCUUCGCCUACCCGGAUUCUGGGCGUGCGUGUGAGGCGGCUGAGAAUCCUGAUCCGCGGGGUCAUGAUACUAUUGAGGAGAUUGUGCGCGAUAUGCAAGAGCGACAUGAGCGCAAGCAGCGCGAGAGGAGGGCGAGAGAGGAGGAGUUGAAUACGCACGAGAAACGUGGUAGGGACGAGGAUGCGACGAAUGAGCCUACCGAUGCGAAAACUCACACGGACCGGGACACCGCUGCGGACCAUAAGCAUUCACGAAACGGCUCCUCCGCGGAUGACGACGAGACGCAAAACACCCCACCCCCUACCAACAAAAAGCGCAAGACGUCCCUUGAAACCCACCGCGAGCCCAUCACACCAUCUACCCGCGGCACGAAGCGUCGCUCGCCCUUCUCUCCCUCCCCACCAUCUCCCUCUUCCUCCGACCCCAACGCCUCACCCUUCGCCUACCUCCCCACCCCCAGCUCUCCUUCUCCAUCCAUGCCCUCACCACCGCCGCAUAAACGCGUCUUCACCAAGCCCGAUCCCGCGUUCGGCGAGGCUAGCUUCGUCAUCGCGCCUACUCAUGUCGUUGGGCCGCUUAUGCGGAAGCGACAUGCUGACGUUUAUGUCGAGGGGGCUAUUGAGCGGGAGAGUAAGCGUAGGAGGAGUCGGGCUCCUAAUACAGAGAAGGAGAGUGGUGUAGAGAACGGGAUGGGGAGCGAGAGGACGAGGGCGAAGAGUUUUGAGUCAUUUAGGAGGGCGUGGGAUGACAGGGAUGAGGAAGAGGAGGGGGACUGUGAGCUUUAG